AUGACGAUCCUGGACCAAUAUUGGUGCAAAGCUGAAGAAAUCCAUGAAACUCUGCGCACCUCCUACAAAGACGCAUUACGUGAGCAUGACUACAUAAAGUUCGACCACAUCGGAACAAUGGAGGAAGCCUACCUCCAAAACAAAGACAUUCUCCUUGAUCUCAUCGCCAAGUUCGAAAGGAAAGUUCAGGCAGCGACCCAAGCAGGGUUGGCCGACUCAAAACAACACCGGCCGUCUCUGCCUCGGAUUCAACUGCCGGUUUUUUCUGGACGCUACGAGAAUUGGCCGUCCUUUCGAGAUCUGUUUGAGUCCAUUAUCGGGAAGGAAAAAAGCCUCGGCAACGUCGAACAGCUUCAUUACUUGAAGGUAAGCCUGAAAGGCGAAGCGCACUCUAUUGUGAAGAACCUUCCGACAACAGAGCAAAAUUAUACGCGCGCCUGGAAGCUUCUCGUCGACCACUACGAGAACAAAAGAUUGCUGGUGAGAUCGGUUCUGAGUGGAUUCACAGCACUUAAGACGCUUAAAUGGGAAUCAUUAGCUGAUUUGAGGAAAGUUUACCAGUGCGUAAUGUCCACCGUUGGAUCGUUGGAGAGCAUCGAACGUCCGAUCACGAGCGGCGAAGACCUCUUCGUGUUCCUGAUCGGUGAGCUCUUCGAUCCGCGUACAAGACGGGAGUGGGAGGACAGCCUUGGCGAAACUCUUGAUCCUCCAACUUUCCAGCAAGUGAGGCAAUUUUUAGAGCGACGGAUUCACACGUUGGAAGCGCUGAAGCCAGUGUCGGAGCUCAGCAAGGCGAAGUCUUCCGAGGCUUCAAAGGGUCAAGCCCGGACUCACCACACCCAGAAGAAGGAUGCUGAGAGAUGUACUCUCUGCAAGGGCGCUCACUUCCUGAUGUUCUGCGAGGACUACAGGGGGAAACCUCCGGCAGGACGUCGAGCUGUGAUUGAGAGCAAUCAAUUGUGCGUGAACUGCCUGGGAAAGCAUAGUGUGGAGAAGUGCUCGUCGAAAAGGGUGUGCUCUGCGUGCUCUGACCAACAUCACACGUCAUUGCACGACGCCUUCCGAGCACUCAAGCCAGCGGAGGCCAGCAGCACGUCUCACGUGGCACGCAAGCCCUCUUCUGAUCGCACCUCCGUCUUGCUGGCUACCGCGCGGGUCCGUGUGGAAGAUCGCACGGGUCGGCUGCAUCAGGUAAGAGCCCUCAUUGAUCAAGGUUCCGAGACUUCCAUAAUUUCUGAGCGGUUAGCACAGCGAUUAAGGCUCCAGCGGUCCAAUGCCAACGUCACCAUCUUUGGAGUCGGUGGCCAGCAGACCGGAGUCGCAAGGGGUAAGGUCUCGCUCUCCAUCGUGCCAGAGAAAGAAGAGUCGAGGCUGCACGUCGCGGCUAUUAUUUUGCCACGUCUCACUGCCUAUUCGGGGAAGCUCGAUUCCUCCAUGAUCGAUUGGCCUCACUUGCGGGGUUUGACACUCGCCGAUCCUGCUUUCUCUGAGCGAGACACCAUCGACGUGUUGCUCGGUGCAGACGUGUACGCGUCCAUCGUCCGCGAGGGUUUGCGGAGCGGAGGACCUCACGAUCCGGUGGCGCAGGAUACAAUCUUCGGGUGGAUUCUCUCAGGGUGUACAUCCAGGUCGGUUACUACCGCCCAUCUCACAGCUCAUCAGUGCGUCGUUGGUGAGCCAUUAGACACUUUGGUGCGGCAGUUUUGGGAGCAAGAAGAGCUUCCCGUGACUCCCGGUCCACUGACUGAAAGCGAGCGGCAGUGUGAGGAGCAUUUUGUUUGGACGCAUGAGAGAGACCGCUCGGGUUGGUACGUCGUGCGGCUUCCGGUGGCCUCGGAACUACCGGACCUCUCCGGCACGCGUCGAGUAGCAGUGCGUGUUUUAUCAUCUCAGGAAGCUCGGUUCCUGAAAAACAUGGCGUUCGCGGAACUGUACAAAGAUUGUUUGCACCAAUACGAACUCUUAAAUCAUAUGUCGCUUGCAGAAAUACCAACCGGCCUCGCACAGUCUCGUGUGUGCUACCUCCCGCAUCACGGCGUGGUGCGGGAAUCGAGUACGACCACGAAGCUCAGGGUGGUCUUCAACGGAUCAGCAACCACGCCGGAAGGAGACGCCUUAAAUAAGAACUUGCUGGUCGGACCAAAUUUGCUGUUACCGUUGGCGGAUAUCCUUCUCCGAUGGCGACAGUACCGCUACGUUAUUUCUGCCGACAUCGAGAAGAUGUACCGGCAGAUUACCGUGCAUCCAGACGACCGAGAUCUCCAAAGGAUUGUGUGGAGAGCGAAGUCAUUCUCUCCACUUCUGGACUACCGGCUAAACAAUUUUGCAAUACUUUUGCAAUAA